UCGCCGUGAGAUUUUUAUUAUUUUCCUAAGGUUGAACGGUGGUAUUCCACAUUCUUGACAAAGUUUGGUGGCGUAGCGAUCCAAGGAAAACAGAAUGGCUGCGCUGAUUCUAACAAAGAAUGUCCAGUUGGCAAAACAACACACCACUGGUGUUUUGGGUGUAUUGUGUAUGCGUACGGCUAACUAUUCCAGUGAUGCCCCACGUCCCCUCAAGACCACCAAUUUGGCGGCGAUGAAACGCGGUACCGGUGGUCGCAGCAGUUUCAAUGGUAUUGUUGCCACAGUAUUCGGUUGCACCGGCUUCCUCGGUCGCUAUGUGUGCAACAAGUUGGGCAAAUCCGGUACCCAAAUGAUUUUGCCAUAUCGUGGUGAAGAUUCUGAGGCUAUUCGUCUUAAGGUUUGCGGUGAUUUGGGCCAGGUGUUGUUCCAAUUCUAUCAUUUGGAAGAUGAGGAGGCUAUUCGCAAGGCUGUGAAAUACUCCAACUUGGUCAUAAAUUUGGUGGGACGUGAUUACGAAACCAAGAACUUUAAAUUCAAUGAUGUCCAUGUUGAGGGUGCUCGUCGUAUUGCACGCAUCUCCCGUGAAAUGGGCGUUGAUCGCUUGAUUCAUGUAUCGGCCCUGAAUGCCGAUCCCAAUCCCCGCAGCUAUCUCAUUGAGGGUGGCAGCAAUUUCUUGCGCAGCAAAUACUGGGGUGAACAGGCCGUACGUGAAGAAUUCCCCGAUGCCACCAUUAUCAGACCCUCCGACAUCUAUGGUUCGGAAGAUCGUUUCUUGCGUUAUUAUGCCCACAUUUGGCGCCGUCAAUUGCGUGCCGUUCCAUUGUGGCACAAGGGUGAACGCACCUUCAAACAACCUGUCUAUGUGUCGGAUGUGGCCCAGGCCAUUCUCAACUGUGCCAAGGAUCCCGAUACUGCUGGCCAAGUAUAUCAAGCUGUGGGACCCAAACGUUAUCAAUUGAGCGAAUUGGUCGAUUGGUUCCAUCGCAUUAUGCGCAAAGAUUCCGAAUGGUGGGGCUACAAGCGCUACGAUUCCCGUUUCGAUCCCUCCUUUGUGUUGAAGGCUAAACUCACCGAAAUGAUUAGCCCCGGUGCCCCAAUUGCCAAUCUCCAUCCCGAACGUUUGGAGUUGGAGUGUGUCAGCGAUCGUGUCCUGAACAAUGUACCCACAUUGGAAGAUUUGGGUGUUCAAUUGACACCAAUGGAAAAUCAAGUUCCAUGGGAAUUGCGUCCAUACCGUGCUGCCCUGUACUACGAUGCCGAUCUGAAUGAAUUCGAAAAGCCAGCACCACCCAAGACGAUCACACCACGCGAAGAACAGCGACUCGCUGCAUAAGAUAUUCGUAAA